AUGUCUGCACACAACCUCGCGAUUGUGUUUGGUCCCACGUUGCUUCGCUCUCCCCAUGAGGCUCAGAUGGCCGGCGCUGGCGCUGCUGCGAGUCACGGAGGAGUUGGUCAGAUGUACUUCCCCGAUAUGAGCCUGCAAUGCAAGGCCAUAGAGACGAUCCUGCUCAAGUACCGAGACAUUUUCGUCGAGUCCGACGAAGACGACUUGAGUUAA